AUGACAGAAGUGAAAGGAACUCCCAUCAUUAAAGGUUCACGAACAAUGCAAAUAACUGGCUUAUAUAAAGGACGGGCAAUUAUUAUAAAAGACUCUUACAGUGUUAUAAAUAAGAAGCUUAAACUAUUUCCUGCUAUGUUUAACUUACAAACAGGACCGAAAGAAGUAUUUCCAUAUAACUACUACAGCAGUGUUUUGUUAGCAAAUGACAACAGAACUGGUGUCAUUUCUGAAGCAUGUAAGUUUAUCCAUGAUGCAGAUACAUUUAUGAAGAACAUAGAUUCCAUCAAAGGUUGCAGAAUAGAUGAAAACCACUUCGACUUAGAAAAAUAUAGCACGUUUUACUGCAAACAAGAUGUAAGAAUUUUAAGAGAAGGUUUUGUAAAGUUCUGCAAUGACUUAUUGAAAGAGUUUGAUUUAAACGUUUAUGACUACGUUAGUAUUUGUUCUAUUGCUAACAAAUUGUUUGAGAACAGAGUAUACUUCCCGAAUGGAAAUCUUUAUGACCUCUCAAAUAAACCAAGAGAAUUUAUUUCGAGAUGCAUUCAAGGUGGAAGAUGUAUGUUGUCAGAUAACAUGAAACAAAAGAGCAAAAAGAAACUCAUUGCUGACUUCGACACUGUUUCAUUAUAUCCUUCAGCUAUAGCAAGACUUUAUACUUUAGAAGGUAUUCCAAAAGUAUUGAAGGAUGAGAUGUUAAGCACAGAGUAUCUCAUGAGACAUUUAUUCGAUGAUGACCAAAAGGAACCCAUUGGUGAAAAGUUUAUGUCUGGCUUCUUUGUUCUCAUUAAGAUAACAGAGAUUGGUAUACCCAGACACUUUCAUUUAAUAGUUUGCGACCCUGAACUAAAUCCAGAACUUAACGUUCCAAGAAGUUCAAACACUUGCUGUCUCAUGCAUGUUGACCAUAUAACAUUACAAGACCUCAUAAAAUAUCAAGGUGUCAAAUGUGAAGUGUUGCAAGGAUACUAUUACGAUGGAAACAGAGAUAUGAGAAUAAGAGAUGAAGUAAAGAAGUUGUUUGA